CAGAAUUCCACACCCACCCUUGAUAAAUUUUUUCAUUCUCAAAUCUCACACGUACUGUACACCUUCUCCACCCACCCUACUUGUUUAUUUCUCUGACACACACUGCCUCAUUUUUAAUUCAACUUGAGUUACUAUAACGAACAACUAAUCACUCAACUUCCCACUUCGUCAAAACUUAAUUUUGCCUUUAUUUGACAACAUUUUUUUAUUGCACACCACAUGUUUGAUCUGUGUUCUCACAGACAAACACACAAACACACAAAAACAGAGUUUACAAAGUCAAACCAUAUCUUGAAUCUGUAGAGUUUUUUCGAAAAAUGGAUGCAGCUUUGCUUGGUGGUAGUGGUAGUGGUGAUGUUGAAGUAGCAUCAUCUGCUGCUGCCGUCAGAAUUGGCAGACCAAAGUUAGACCAUAAGCCUUUAUUCGAUCGAAGAACAGAUGCUAUUGCUCAUGGAUCACCCUAUCAAAAAGCUGCUGCUUUGGUUGAUCUCGCUGAAGACGGGAUAGGGAUACCCGAGGAGAUUCUUGACCAAUCAAGCUAUGGAAGCUCCUUAAAGUCAUACUUAAUAUUUAUACGAUUUGAUUUCCUUUGGUCGCUCAACUACUUUGCUUUAAUCCUCCUGAAUUUCUUGGAGAAACCUUUGUGGUGUUCUGAGGUUUGCAGUAAUAGGGAAUACUACUUUCUAGGACAGCUACCGUACCUGACUAGUGCCGAGAGUCUCAUUUUUGAGGGAGUAACUCUUUUGAUUCUCUUUAUACAUAUUCUCUUUCCAAUGACGUAUGAAGGGUGCAGUAUCUACUGGAAGAGUUCUGCAAAUAGACUGAAGGUACACACUUCAUCAUGAUUUGCUGUUUUCNNNAUUUCACCCUAUCUCCGAGUUGCAUUUUUUGUUCUUUACAUCAGGGACAUACGAGAUAGCAUCAUCAUAUUGGUUGGAAUGCUUGGCACAUACCUCAAUGUCCUGGCUUUGUGGCUGUUAUUUCUUCUGUUUUCGAGCUGGUUGGCAUAUGUCAUCUUUGAAGAUACCGAACAGGGAAGGACUGUAUUUACAUCAUACGGUGUAACAUUGUACCAAAUGUUUGUUUUAUUCACCACAUCCAACAAUCCAGAUGUCUGGAUUCCCGCAUACAAGGCCUCACGUUGGUAUUCGCUAUUCUUUGUUCUGUAUGUGCUAUUGGGUGUUUACUUUGUAACCAAUUUGAUCCUUGCCGUCGUCUACGAUAGCUUUAAGAGUGAGCUUGUUAAACAAGUGGCUGCGAAGGAUAAUCAAAGAACGAGGGUACUGAAAAAAGCGUUUAACCUGCUCGACAAUGAUCUUGGUUACCUUAACAAAGAUCAGUGCAUUCUCCUGUUCGAAGAACUGAAUAAAUACAGGUCAUUGCCACAGAUAUCACGGGAUGACUUUGAGUUGAUAUUCUAUGAGUUGGAUGAUAGUCAUGAUGUCAAGAUUAAUUUGGAUGAGUUUUAUGACCUGUCCCAUGCCAUCGGACUCAGAUUUCAGAAAGAGAAUUCAGAACCUAUUUUUGAAAGUUGUCCAGCAUUCUACAACUCACCUGCAUCUGUGAUGCUGAAAGACUUCAUUCGAUGCCCCAAAUUUGGUUACAUUAUAGCCUUCAUUCUCAUCAUGAAUUUUGCUGCAGUCGUUAUUGAGACAACGCUUGAUAUACAAGAGAACUCUGGUCAAGAGGCUUGGCAAAAAGUUGAGUUUGUUUUUGGAUGGAUCUAUGUCCUGGAAAUGGCAUUAAAAGUGUAUGCUUAUGGAUUUGUGAAUUACUGGAGGGACGGCCAAAACCGCUUUGACUUUGUAAUCACCUGGGUAAUUGUUAUUGGAGAAACAGCUACUUUCCUGUCUCCCAGUGGACAAACUUUCCUCUCCAAUGGCGAAUGGAUUCGGUAUCUUCUAAUAGCAAGAAUGUUGAGAUUGAUUAGGCUCUUGAUGCACGUUAAACAAUAUCGUGCUUUUGUUGCAACAUUUUUGACCCUGUUACCAAGUCUAAUGCCGUAUCUCGGAACCAUAUUUUGCAUCAUGUGCAUUUAUUGCUCUCUCGGUGUACAGAUCUUUGGUGGUUUAGUUUAUGAUGGGAAUCCAAAUCUAACUGGAACUGAUCUUGAAGAUAGUGACUACUUGCUCUUCAACUUCAAUGACUACCCCAACGGGAUGGUUACACUUUUCAAUUUGCUAGUGAUGGGAAAUUGGCAAGCAUGGAUGCAGAGCUACAAGGAGUUGACAGGAACUGCUUGGAGUUAUGCCUACUUCAUAAGCUUCUAUCUAAUCACAAUCGUACUCCUCUUGAAUUUGGUGGUGGCGUUUGUGUUGGAGGCUUUCUUUGCUGAAAUGGAUCUCGAAACCGACAGUGGGGAGGAGGAAGAAAAAGGAACUGGGCGAAGGCGUAACAUCGGUACUAAGUCGAGGAGCCAGAGGGUUGAUAUGCUUCUUCACCAUAUGUUGAGCGCCGAGCUAAAGUGUUCCACUCCUUAAACUUUUGU